AUGAAUUGUUCAGAGAUUGAGGCUGGCAUCUUGAACGAUCACAUCAAGUAUGACAAACUAUUGAGUAUUGUCAACAAACACUUCAAGCAAUAUGCAGAGAAUCCAGUAUCCCCACUGAAGAUAUUGAUCCUUGUAAAGGACGCCACAUCAAUUGGAAUGAUUACAAAGAUUAUUCAAAAGACUGAAGGAAUAGCAAUAUAUCCAUUGACCACUCAAUCAAUAGCCAAUUGUAUAAUAUGUUCACUGGAUGAUAUAUGUGGACAACAACGAUCAAUCAACUGGAAGGGUUACUCUGUCAUCAUUGAGUUUGACUACUUCACUCAUGAUCAAUGCCAAUAUCUAUCGACCUACAAUGUAUACAAUCAAGCCAAGAUUUACAACUUUGUGUUGGACAUCAACUCUGUUGCCAUUGAGUUUGGAGAGGACAGACAGUUCAAUGAGAUGCAUCAUCUACUUCGAGAUAUAUACUUUCCAUGCCACAAUGAUGAUGUGAUAAGGAAGAAUACGUAUGAGCCAGUCAACAUCAAGAAGAUGUCACUCAACAAACAACUGGAACAACUUGUUAGAAAGCAGACAAAGGACACCUUGAAGCCUGACAACAAUCACAACACGGUGCUUGACAAAGAGACAUCACUACACCUAUAUCAUCACAUAUCAUUGGUCGCUGGAGAGUCUAUAUUGAAGCGCACACAUAUGAUCAAUCAUCUGGAGAAGGAGUACAAUAUGACAUUGAUCGAGCGAACAGUCAAGAAUGUGGACAUUGUGUUUGACGAAAGAAAUGGACUGAUGGUGGUCGACCACUCCAUGCGAAUGGACAAUGUCAUUGAUGCAUUGAUAGAACUAUCACUUCAAUUCAAUGUUGUAUGGAUCAUCAUUGAGAUGGACGAGCACAAAUUGUUCUCGGCACAGAGCAAAGAUGCAUGUCGUCAACUAUCAAGCAUCCUAAACUUCCUCCAAUGCCGUGUGUACAUUCGCUACACCUUCUCAUAUCAACAAUCAGCCCUGUUGAUCAGGGAGAUCUGCGAGUCAAUACCAAAGGAUAAUUCAACAUGGGAGAAUAAUGAGUACAAAUGGUUGAGUAACAAGUCAUGGAGAUACGCCACAAGGAUAUUAGGAAUACCUGAGAGGAUUGAGGAACAACAUACCAAUCCAACUUCAACAACCAAGGUUGUAAAGAAGCCAAGGCUGACAUUAACUGCCCCAACUCAGAAGCAACAUCUUACAUUGAAGCCUCAACCACUAUCACUUCAACCAUCACUGGUACAACCUCCACAUCCACAAAUAUCAACGACAGCCUCACAACAACCAUCAUCACAUAGACAGACCACCAACCAACGUCCAAGACUAUCACUCAAACAAGUGGAUCCUAAACAAACAAAGAUUGAUCAAUACCUCAAUAAAAGACAAUGA